AAAAAUCUGCUACGACGCCAUUUAAAAUUCAAAAAUUUCUGUCGCUGCCGUGCUAACUCAGCACGGCAACCUGUCAGGAGGCGCUUUUUUGCCCGUCAAAUUAGCCACAAGGGGCUUACCGACCGCUCACAGCAGUGGCGGCAGCAGCCUCCCAACAACCACUCACCGCCGUCCAAGGCUGCAAGGUUGCCCCCUUCCCCUGCUUUUGUCUCUCUCUCUCUCUCGCUGAUUCCACCCAAACAGCCGCAACUCCAUAGCAGCAACAAUAGCGGCCGCCUUCUACUUCAAACAAAGUCUCUCUGCUCCCACCCCACCCUCCCCAAUUUCUCUCUAUUGUCCUCCUCGCCAAUCACCAUCUACAAUUAUCAUUAGUAAGGAGUCAUAUGAUUUCAAACCUAAUAAAGUUUGGUGGGCUGUGCCCCUAUUCUCUGCUCGUUCGUCAUCACUUCCCAAAGAGCUCUUGUAGGAAGAACUCUAUUCGGUUAAAGUUUGCUGCUUUUAGUAAUAUUGCGGCUGCACGAGCUUUGGAUGAUUUAUCUGUUGAAAAAGGAAAUGCAGCGGACUCAGUUGAUCUUCCUGCCGUUUAUUCUAAGACCUAUAUCGAGCUUGUAAAUGAAUGUUAUAGUAUGAACAUUGGGUCCUUAAUCCAUACCAGAAAGCUUCAAGGAAAGAUCUUUAAGUUGGGUUUCAGUCAAGACCACGACUUCCAGUGUCGGCUCCUUGAUGUUUAUGUUGCUUGUGGAGAUCUAUUUUCUGCUUUGCAGACGUUUGAUGAUUUUCCCUCUAAAAACCUGUCCUCUUGGAAUACAUUGAUAGCUGGUUUUCUUGGGAAAAAAUUGAACAAUCAAGUUUUUAGACUCCUUUCGCGUUUGGUUGCAGAUAAUGUUAUGCCGGAUGAAUGGACAUUGGCUAGUGUUUUGAGGGCCUGCGGUGCUGGCAAAGUCACUUUUCAAUACGUUGAACACAUACAUGCUAAGGUCAUCCAAUACGGUUUUGGUGCAGCUACAGUUGUUUGUAACCCUCUUAUUGACUUGUACUCGAAGAAUGGGUUCAUCAAUUCUGCUAAGCAAAUCUUCCAGAAUAUGUUCUUAAGGGACAGUGUAUCUUGGGUUGCCAUGAUAUCUGGUUUCUCUAACAAUGGGCGUGAAGAAGACAGUAUCAUCCUCUAUAAUGAGAUGCGCAUAUCAGGAAUCAACCCUACUCCAUAUAUUUUCUCAUGUGUUAUAAGUGCAUGCUCCAAGAUAGAGUUUUAUGACCUGGGAUUGCAGCUUCAUGCUCUUGUCUAUAAGUGGGGAUUUGCAUCAGAGGUUUAUGUGUGUAAUGCUCUCGUCACCUUAUAUUCUCGCUUCGGUCACCCCAUGCCUGCUGAACAAAUUUUCAGCAAAAUGCAGCAGAUGGAUAGGGUCUCGUAUAAUUCACUUAUAUCAGGACUUGUUCAACAAGGAAAUAAUGAGAGGUCAGUUGAGUUAUUCAGGAAAAUGCAGAUUGACUCCUUGAAGCCUGACUGUGUUACAAUUUCAAGCCUUUUGAGCGCUUGCGCAUCAAUGGGAGCUCUUCUGAAGGGAAGACAACUGCACUCUCAUGCGCUUAAGGCUGGAAUGUGUUCAGAUAUCAUCAUUGAAGGUUCUCUGCUUGACCUUUAUGUCAAAUGUUCUGAUGUUGAAUCAGCUCAUAGAUUCUUCCUCACAACACAGAAAGAUAAUGUGGUUCUCUGGAAUGUGAUGCUGGUGGCUUAUGGUCUCAGAGGUGAUCUGAACGAGUCCGUUAGGAUUUUUGAACAGAUGCAGAGUCGAGGCCUGCAGCCUAAUCAAUAUACCUACCCAAGUAUCUUGAGAACCUGUACUCUGGUAGGAGCUCUUGACUUAGGGGAGCAAAUUCACAGUCAAGUCAUCAAAACUGGACUUUACCAAAAUGCUUAUGUCUGCAGUGUGCUUAUUGAUAUGUAUACAAAACAUGGAAAUCUGGAUACUGGGCUGAAAAUUCUCAGGCGUCUCACAGAGGAAGAUAUUGUCUCUUGGACAGCAAUGAUUGCUGGAUACACUCAGCAUGAUCUUUUCUUGGAAGCCCUCAAACUUUUCAUAGAAAUGCAAGACUUGGGCAUUCAAUCAGAUAAUAUAGGAUUUGCAAGUGCUCUUAGUGCAUGUGCUGGACUUCAAGCAAUCAAUCAAGGACGACAAAUUCAUGCACAAUCAAUCACCUCUGGCUAUUCCUUGGACCCGUCAAUUAGCAAUGCACUAAUAAGCCUUUAUGCUAGAUGCGGCAAAGUACAGGAUGCGUACUUGGCAUUUGACAAAAAUAAAAAUAAGGAUAACAUCUCAUGGAAUGCAUUGAUAUCAGGCUUUUCACAAAGCAGGCACUGGGAGGAAGCUCUAUACACGUUCUCUAACAUGAAUCUAGCUGGAGUAGAAUCCAAUAUGUUCACUUAUGGGUCUGUGGUCAGUGCAGCUGCUAAUACAACAAACUUAAAACAAGGGAAGCAGAUCCAUGCCAAAAUCAUAAAAACUGGGUAUAUUGCUGAGAUAGAAGCUUCAAAUGUGUUGAUCACAUUAUAUGCGAAGACCGGGAGCCUUGAUGAUGCCAAAAGAGAGUUUCUUGAAAUGCCUCAGAAAAAUGAAGUUUCCUGGAAUGCCAUGAUCACGGCCUAUUCUCAACAUGGAUGUGCCGCCGAAGCAAUUGAACAGUUUGAGGAAAUGAAACAACUGGAUGUGAGGCCAAAUAACGUUACUUUUAUCGGAGUUUUAUCAGCCUGUAGCCAUGUGGGUUUGGUGGAUGAGGGGCUCAGCUAUUUCAAGUCCAUGAGAGAAAAACAUGAUCUGGUGCCAAAAUCAGAACAUUAUGCUUGUGUUGUAGAUAUUUUAGGACGGGCAGGUCAUUUGUCCCGUGCAAUAGAAUUUGUGGAGACUAUGCCAAUUGAACCAGAUGCAAUGGUCUGGAGAACACUCUUAAGUGCUUGCACAGUUCACAAGAACAUGGAAAUUGGAGAAUUGGCGGCUAAACAUCUUUUGAGAUUAGAGCCAAAUGACUCUGCUACCUACGUUCUUCUAUCCAAUAUGUAUGCGGUUUCCGGGAAAUGGGUUUAUCGCAAUCAUGCAAGGAAGCUGAUGAAAGACAGAGGUGUAAAGAAAGAGCCUGGUCGUAGCUGGAUUGAAGUUAAAAACUCGUUCCAUGCCUUUUUCGUCGGUGAUCAGCUCCAUCCUCUUGCAGAUCAGAUCUACGCGUUUCUUGAGGAUUUAAAUGUUAGGGUUGCUGCAAUGGGUUACAUACAGGACCGAUAUAGCAUUUGGAAUGACAUGGAGCUUGGUCAAAAAGACCCAACUGCAUUGAUCCACAGCGAAAAGUUGGCUAUUGCCUUUGGACUGCUGAGCUUGUCUGAUUCAAUUCCAUUACGAGUGAUGAAAAACCUUCGGGUCUGUAAUGAUUGCCAUAAUUGGAUUAAGUAUGUUUCAAAGGUAGAAAAUCGGACUAUUGUUGUAAGGGAUACAUACCGGUUCCAUCAUUUUAAGGAUGGUCUUUGUUCAUGCAAAGAUUACUGGUAGCUUGAUAUAUUAGAAAGUUGUGAACACAAGUGGGGAUCAUCAUGCUUCCAGCUCAAGAACCAAAAGUAGGAGAUUGGGAAAUUUUUGCUCCCAAAACCUUUUUCUUGUAAUUAACUAGGUGCUUGCCAAGUUGUUUUGAGUACUGAGGCAUUAUGAAAAUGUCGAUGUUGAUUUGGUGGUGUUCUUUUCCAGGAGGACCCUGGUCUUUAUGCGUCCUUUCAUGGAGAUAUGGACAAGCCAAACUGGAAUCAAGUUUUUAGAUGCAGUAGACAUGGGAUGAGAACUCUGUCUGAUCCUGCAGAGCAAAUUAAUUUCAAUGUUGAAGGUCAACUGAAGGAGGUGUUCAAUAAAUCAAUAUCCGUCCAAUAUGAGUUUAUUGGAUCCAAGAUUAAUAGUGCUACAUAUCAUUGAUUUGAGCUGGGAUGGAAGCAAAUAUUUACAUGCCAAACAUGAAGACAAAAGCUUCCCGAGUCUAUUUUUUGGUAUUUCUACCAAAUCUUGGGAAGAAUAUAACCAGCUGUCAGUUUCUUCUCUGCUCAAAUCCUUCCAUGGCUGAAAAUAGGAUUACUGUUCAAACCAAUAUUACCACAAACACCACCAAUCAGACAGGAAGCAUGCAAGCCACCAUCCUUCCUCUGUAAGACUGGUUAGACAUCGUAAACUGGAAGCUCUCUUGAAAUAGGGCUGGCCAUUGCCCUCAAUCUAGGCUCACUUGGGGCCGAGCUUGUCAUCAAGUACAUCACUCUGCUCAAGCUCCCUGCUUCAUAGUUUCAUCCACUCUGUCAGCUUCUUCAUCCCCAACUUUCCCUUAUUGGCAAACACCACCAUCAAAGAGUUUGAAAGCAGGUUCAGCGUCAAUGCAGGGGUUGGCUUCUCAUGAUUCAGGGAGGCUGCCAACAGGAUAAGGCGCAGAUGAGGAAUCAUCAGAUGCUUAUCCCCAUCCAUAGGCUGUAGCUUAAUUGGCUCCCAGCUUAGGACAUUUGCUGGUUCUGAGGACAGCCCUAAAGUCCAUGGUGAAGCUACCGGUCAAGGAGCUCAUAGGAUCCAGGAUAAUUGCCUACUGUGUGGCUCGGGGGCCUCCUUAUGCGUGGACUUCCAUUCUAGGGUAACCAGAAGGAAUGGUGAAGAAACCCUGUAGCUUCUUGGCUGCUGGUGCUGGGGGGUGGGUCAUUGGCCAGAUUAUUCGUAAGAAUGGUGAGAGCCGCCAUUUGUGUGGAUUAUGAUGCAAAUGUCAGAUUCUAAUCAAUGUGCAGCGGUCCCUUAAACCAA